AUGGCGGCCGACAAUGGAGCAGCUGGGGUGCAGCUGCUAGACUCACGUGGGAUCGGCAAGGUGCCGACGUUCUCAGGCAAGAGGGAAGACUUCGAGGAUUGGAUCUUCCCGUUCGAGUCAUACUGUGGCCUGCUGGGCUGGACGGCGGGCCUGGAACGAUCAAGGGGCGCUGAGGAGCCGCUGACCGCGGACGACCUCGGCGAGCAGGGAGUGCUGGUAGGGAGGAGCUUGUACCACCUGCUGGCAAGCACUACGAAAGGCACGGCGCAGAGCGUCGUGAAGCUCUGCCCGCGAGGCGACGGCUUCGAGGCAAUGAGAAGGCUGUGCAGGGAGUACAGGCCGCGACUGAAUGAGGAGCACGGCCAGAUGCUCCAGCAGACCCUCACGCCGACAUGGUGGAAGGAUCGCGAGGGGAAGGGGCGCUUCACGGAGGUGCUGAUCGCUUGGGACGAGUUGAUCUCAAGGUACGAGCGCGCGACCGGAGAGCAGGUCACGCAGAAUAUGAAGACGAGCACGAUCAUGGCCCACGCACCAGAGGAAAUGAAGGUCAUGCUACGCUCGGCGCAGCGCGAGGUGCGCAGCGACAUCACACAGAUGAGGAACUGCAUCUUCGAGGCGGUGAUCGGCCAAAGUGGAGUGGUCUCGCGACCUCCGACAGCGAACAAGGGGAGCAACGACAUGGACGUCGACGCGAUCUCCAAGGGCAAAGGCAAGGACGGCAAGGACAAGUGCCAGAUCUGCCACAAGCCAAGUCACACGGCCCGCGACUGCUUCUGGCGUGACAAAGGGAAGCAGAAGGGCGACGGAAAAGGUCGAGGAGCAGCCGCGGGAACCAAGGGCGGAAAGGACGCCAAAGGCAAGGGCAAGGACGGCUACACCUUCUCGGGGAAGUGCGACUAUUGCCAUAAGACGGGCCACAAGAAGGCGGACUGCAAGAAGCGAAUCGCCGAUGAGAGGUCCAAAGGCAACGCGGCCAUUGAGCAGGAGAGCACGGACCCGAAGACGGUGGCCAAGAUCGAGUACGCGGAGUACGAGUGCGGGAUCUGCGACGACGACCAGCUCUACUGUAUGGCGAUGGAGGUGGAGGAUCCCGAGACGGAGUGCUGCGGCAUGGAGCUCGUGGAGACGACCUUCAUCACGUUGGACACCGCGAGUGACUGCCACGUGGGGCUGCUGGGCGCGCAGCGCAACGAGAUCAAGAUGGACUCCAUUGCGACGGUGCCGAUGGCGGUUACUGACGAGUGCGAGCAGCUGAAGUUGCUGAAAGCAGAUUUCAGGCUAGGUGACACGGUAUCGAAGCCAAUCCUCUCGCUGCUGGAGGUGAUGGAUAAGGGUGCCGAGUUCUGGCUGAGCGCGAAGACGGGCAUGUGCAUGUACCCUGGCGGUGACCUCAACAAGGGCAUCCCGCUCACCAGGAAGAACAACACGCUGGGAUUCAACGCGAAGACCUUCAAGACAGCUGCGGAGGCGAAGGAGUUCGCGGCCAGCGUGAACGCGAAUGAGCAGCAGGAGGAGGCGUUCGUGCCGACGCCUGGGGCUGCGGGCAGCGGAGCAGCGACAGCGGCACCGGCUGCACCUGCGGCCGCCGCCUCGGCUCCAGAGCGAGGUGGAGCAGCUGAGAGCGCGGGAAGAGAGCGACUGGCUCGACAUCCCGUGGUGCUACGCGAAGGGCAGGAGAUCGUCCUGCACCCUUCCAGCCGCGUGGAGGACAUGCGGGCAAGGCUCAAGGAGAUGGGCCAGCCAAUCUACGGCAGAAAGGACGAGCUGUGGGCCAGACUCAGCGAUGCGGAGCGGAGGCUCACGGCACACCACCUGAAGAUGAAGGAGCUGGAGCGCAGGCACGACGAGUCCGUUCAAGGAGGACCCACGAUAGCACCGCGAGAAGUGGCAGGGCCAGCAGCGCCCACGGAUGAAGAACGAGCAGCUCAUGAACUGCUGCACCUCACGAGAGCGCCGUGGUGCGAGGCCUGCGUGCGGGGGAACGAGACGACCAAGCCGCGCAAGACCCUCACGUUCGACCAGAAGGACACUGGGAAGGCGCAGAUCACCCUGGACUUCUGCUACCUGAAGACCAACGGCGACUGGACGGAGAUCGGAGAUGAGGAGCCGCCAGCGGCGGACAUCUUCCCGACGACGCUCGUGAUGGCGGACAGGGGCACGCUGAUGUUCAAUGCAGUCUCGAUGCCCACCAAGGCGGUCACGGACUACGCAAUAGCCAGCGUGAGCAGCUUCAUUGAGGGCUGCAUCUCACGACGGCGGCUGAGCAAGAGCAUCAAGCUAGAAGAGAAGCGUGGGAACCUGAAGGACAGCCAGAGCAUGGGCGCGAUUGAGGCUUCGAUCAGAUGGUUUCAGGCGAAGGUGAGGACGUACAAAUUCGACCUGGAGAAGCGCUAUGGCAUGAAGAUCACAGCGGACGCACCGAUCUGGUGUUGGCUUACACGGCACGUUAGCUGGGCUACGCCUACGUACCGACCACGAGCCGAUGGGAGGACGUCCCAUCAGGCAGCCUACGGAGUGACCUACAACGGAGAGAUUCUCCCCUUUGGCGAGACGGCUCUCUUCAAGACCCCGAUCUCCCACACGAGGCGCAUCGCGGCUACGUCCCUGAAGCGCAAGGGCGAGUCGAGUUUCGUGAAGGACUCUGGAUCGGGAAGCACAAGGCGGCUGGAGCCAGCAUUGCGGGCAGAUGACAAGCUGAUGAAAGCAGUGAAGGCCCUGCCCUGGGACGCGAGGAGCGCCAAGCCGUGCGAGCUACUGCCCAGGCUUCAGAGGCCGAUGCCCACGAUCGUCUUGACGGCGGCGGAGCAGAAGGCGAAGACCGAGGCGCAGGAGGCAGCGCGCGAGGCGGCGCCACCCCAGGGGGCGCCCGAGCAGGGGGCGCAGCCGGCUGCAGCAGCGAGCGCGGGGCCAUCGGCGGCGCCCGCGGGACCUGGAGCUGGAGCGGCAGCGGCAGCGAGACCAGAGGAGAAGAGCACGACGGAUGCGGACGUGCCGAUGACACCUCGAGGUCUUGUCAGACCUGCCGACGCUGAAGACUUCGGCGCACCAGGCAAGCGCGCGAAGCACGUGGGCGCCAUCUCGCUCGACGACCCUAUCGACAACAGCAUCCUGGACAGGAUGGGCACCGACUGCUACAUGACGGUCAGCGGACUGGAGCCCGCGGUGGAGCUCAAGGGCAAGCGCGAGGCACUAGAAGUGCUGGCGCACUACGGGGUGCACAGGGACGUCCCGAGGAGCGAGAGCGGUGAGUUCAAGAGGAUCAGGGCGCGCUGGGAGCCGCAGAUGCGAGGAGGUAUCUGCAAGUGGCGGUAUGUGGCGCAGGAGUUCAAGUGGAUGGAGCAGCGUGACGACGUGUUCGCAGCGAGCUCAUCGGCACAGACGAGCAGGCUGGUGGACUUCGUCAGCAUCAAAGAGGAGAACCACGGGACCUUCAUCGCGGAUUGCGUGAAGGCGUACUACCAAGCGGACCAGACUGAGAAGGUUUGUGUGGGGCCACCUGCUGAGUAUCUGGCGAUCUUGGCGGAGAUGGGCAGACCGACCGACAUCGUUUGGGCGCUCAACAAGAUGCUACCUGGGCAGCGCGUGGCAGGCGCUGGCUGGGUGGACAAGGCGGCGAAGACCCUGAAGGGAGAGGGUUUCGACAGGAGUGAGUGUCAGCCGCAGUUCUACUACCACAGAGAGAAGAAGAUCCUGAUCGAGGUGCACAUGGACGACUUCCACGGGGAGGGUCCAAUCAGCAGCCUGGAGGGGAUCAUCAAGCGGCUGCGGGAGGUGUUCGACCUGAAAGCGACGGAUGUCAUCAGGCAGGGGCGCUACUCGCACCUGAAGCGGGACAGGCUGAGGCUCAUGAACGGCAACAUCAUGCUGCGGCCGAACGUGAAGCACAUCGACGACCUGAUCUACGUAAUGGGCAUGGAGAAGUCCAAGCCGACGAGGGUACCAAGCUUGACUGAGGAGGACCCGACAUGGAGUCCUGAAUUGGACGAGAUCGAGAGGGCGAAGUUUCGCACAGGAGUCGGGAUCGCGCUCUACAUCUCGCCCGACAGAGCCGACAUCCAGCGGGACGUGCAGCUGCUGACCAGGAACCUGAGUCAGCCGACGGAGUUUGACAGGAAGCGACUGGUGAAGCUGGUGAGGUACCUGAAGGGGACAAAGACGUAUGGAGUGCUGAUGGAAAAGCCAACUGGGAGCAAGCCUGGAGAAGUGAAGCUGCAGUUGUUCACAGACACGGACUUCGCGACGUGCAAGGAGACGAGGCGUGCGAUGACAUGUGGGAUCGCAAAGCUGGACGGAGUGCAUUUUGCAGCGUUCGCAAGGAGGCAAGGAGUUCAGAGCACAUCCUCAGGUGAGGCGGAGUUCUACGGCGCGACCUCGGUGGUGAUGGGCGGCAAGUUGGUGAAGAACAUGCUAGAGUGGUUGGGCUUCAAGGUGACCUGGGAGCUCGGGAUCGACAGCAGCGCCGCGAAGGCGAUGAUCAACCGCGAGGGCGUCGGAAAGGUGAAGCACCUGGACGUUCGGGCGCUGUGGAUCCAGCAGGGGCGCAAGGUCCACGGACUGAUCAUCAAGAAGGAGAGUGGAACAAAGAACGUGGCCGACCUAGGGGCCAAGGCGCAUACCACGGAGCGGUUCGAGUACCUGCGGGAACUUGCUGGCAUCAUGGACUGCAGCGAGAUGGACAAGCAUAAGGAGCUGGAGGCGUGCUCGGUGACAACGAGCGCCUGGGCUAAGCAAGGCUUGUUGGCGACACUGCUCGCGCAAGGAGUGACGGGCGGUGCGACCAAGGCGAGUAAAUGCGCAGUGCGAGAUCUCGACCAGGGCGCAGUUACCCUCUGGGAGGCUACAAAGCUGCAGGACUGGAUCGACGACCACACGACAAUGAUCAUCCUGAUCGUGAUGAUGACAACGUUCGUGGCAGGAGCACUGCUCGGGUGUUUGAUUUGCAAGUGGUGGGCGAAGAUGGACAGCACCACGAAGCAAAACCUGGUAAAGCAUACGAAUACCCCGAAUCGGAGAAAGGAGCUGAGCAACAAGGUGAAGUUCACGGACAGGCGAGCCACGGGUGAGAACGAGCUUGCGGCCAAUGGCAAGGUGAGCGAGGUGACGUGCCUCGACGAG